GAAGAAGAAGAAGAAGAAGAAGAAGAAGAAGAAGAAGAAGAAGAAGAAGAAGAAGAAGAAGAAGAAGAAAAGAAGCCCUCAGCCUAUGAAGACCGCGAAGACAAUCCGGACUCUCAGUACCCGCCGCUGUCUUGCUGGUUGCCUGACACCCUCUGCCCGACAUCUGGAAUGAACCUGGCUCGUCGGUUGCUGUGUUCGGACUAGAGCCAGGCAUUCUGGAUUCUGUUGGCUGGUGGCUGAAGGGAGACAGGUCUUGCUUGCCGUCACCAGCGUCUGCACUAGUGGGAUGCGGAAAUGAGAUGAGGCUCCGAAAUGGAACUGUGGCCACUCUGUUAGCUUUCGUCACCUCGUUCCUUACCCUGUCCUGGUACACCACAUGGCAAAAUGGGAAAGAAAAACUAAUUGCUUAUCAACGAGAAUUUCUUGCUUUAAAAGAACGUCUUCGAAUAGCUGAGCAUAGGAUAUCUCAGCGCUCCUCUGAGUUGAACACCAUCGUCCAACAGUUUCGCCGUGUAGGAGCAGUAACCAAUGGAAGCAAGGCUGCACUGAAUACAUUUUCAGAUAAUACCAUAAAGCUACUAAAGGAGUUGACAAGCAAAAAAUCCCUUCAAGUGCCAAGUAUUUAUUAUCAUUUGCCUCAUCUAUUGCAAAAUGAAGGAAGCCUUCAGCCUGCGGUGCAGAUUGGCAAUGGACGAACCGGAGUUUCAAUAGUAAUGGGAAUUCCUACCGUGAAGAGAGAAGUCAAAUCUUACCUCAUAGAAACCCUACACUCCCUUAUUGAUAAUCUGUAUCCUGAAGAGAAGCUGGACUGCGUUAUAGUUGUCUUCAUAGGAGAGACAGAUCUUGAUUAUGUUCACAGCGUUGUAGCCAACUUGGAGAAAGAAUUUUCUAGGGAAAUUAGUUCUGGCCUGCUGGAAAUAAUCUCCCCUCCUGAAAGCUAUUAUCCUGACUUGACAAACCUGAAGGAGACAUUUGGAGAUUCCAAGGAAAGAGUGAGAUGGAGAACCAAACAAAACCUGGAUUAUUGCUUUCUAAUGAUGUAUGCUCAGCAGAAGGGCAUCUAUUACAUUCAGCUUGAAGAUGAUAUUAUUGUCAAACAAAACUAUUUUAAUACCAUAAAAAAUUUUGCACUUCAACUCUCUUCUGAAGAAUGGAUGAUUCUGGAGUUUUCCCAGCUUGGCUUCAUUGGAAAAAUGUUUCAGGCGCCGGACCUUACUCUGAUUGUGGAGUUCAUCUUUAUGUUUUAUAAGGAGAAACCUAUUGACUGGCUCUUGGACCACAUUCUCUGGGUGAAAGUCUGCAACCCUGAAAAAGAUGCCAAACAUUGUGACAGACAGAAGGCAAAUCUACGAAUCCGCUUCCGACCCUCCCUCUUCCAGCACGUGGGUCUACAUUCAUCACUGUCUGGGAAAAUUCAGAAACUUACGGAUAAAGAUUACAUGAAACCAUUGCUUCUCAAGAUCCACGUGAACCCGCCCGCAGAGGUCUCCACUUCCCUGAAGGUAUACCAAGGACACACACUGGAGAAGACCUACAUGGGUGAGGACUUCUUCUGGGCCAUCACCCCCACGGCUGGCGACUACAUCUUGUUUAAAUUCGACAAGCCAGUCAACGUAGAAAGUUAUUUGUUCCACAGUGGCAAUCAAGAACACCCAGGAGACAUCCUGUUAAACACAACAGUGGAGGUCCUGCCUCUAAAGAGCGACAGUUUGGAAAUCAGCAAAGAAACCAAAGACAAGCGAUUAGAAGAUGGCUAUUUCAGAAUAGGAAAAUUUGAGUAUGGUGUUGCAGAGGGAAUCGUGGACCCUAGUCUAAACCCAAUUUCAGCCUUUCGACUUUCGGUUAUUCAGAAUUCUGCUGUUUGGGCCAUUCUUAAUGAGAUUCAUAUCAAAAAAGUCACCAAUUGAUCUUCUAAGAAACCAACACAUCCUUUCCUGUGACUGUCGAUUAAAGAUAGUUAGCACGGCCUUUUCUGUUGGGACUUGAACACUACCUCUCGGGAAGCUACUGUAGAUAAGAUGAUUGUCAUUUCCACUCAGACAGGGACUCUUCCCAUGGAUAACUGCAUUCAUUGGAAACUAAGCUGUCCUCCAAUUUGAACUUGACACAAACGUUUUACAAUUCUGACAGCCUGUUAAUAUGACUGGGACUAUUUUGGUAUUAUACUAAUACAUAAGAGUUGUACAUAUUGUUACAUUCCUUAAAAUUUGAGAAAACUAAUGUUAAAUACAUUUUGUGAAGGGGGUACUUUUGAAGUUCAUUUAUUUUACUAUUAUAGACCCUCUUUUAUAGAUGAUCAGGGAUUAUAUAUAUAUGAAUAUAAAUAUAAAUAUAUAAAUACACAUAAAGAUGUUAUGGAGUUAAUUUAUUAGAAACACAGUAAGAAGUACAUAUUUUUGUGCAGUAAAUUUUUGAAUCAAUACCUUUUUUUGAAGAAGCAGUUCCCUGGCUUUUUUAAGUUCUUUCUAUAUAUUUUUUUUUUUUUUUGGAGAUGCAGACAUUACAGAUCAAUGCCAUUUUUUCCAGUUCACUGCCAUUCCAGAUUGGUUCUAGAUGGGUUUCUUAACUUGAAGUACUUUUAUAAUCACAGCAAUUCUGAACAAACUAUUUUCAGAGGCAUUUGUCAUUCCUUAAAGCCAAGAUUUUCAAAGACCAGUGUCCUCUUGAGGGUUCUUUUACUGUACUGUGUAUGGUGUGUAGCCACAGAAACCAGUGUGAUCCCCAGUGUCCAGGUGGGAGGUCCCUGUCUGAGUCUCCACACACAGAAUCCUUCAGGUUUCCUCUGGUGUGGGUGAUGAGACUCCUUUCCUUUUUAACCUGUCUUUAACCAGUAGUUAGACACCUUGUCUCUUUUGUCCUUUUAUACCCACCCGUGUUAGGUUUUGGAGUUCAGACAUUGUUUUCUAGGUAAUGCUGUUGUGUGAAUCAUAAUGGGUAUAAUUUUAAAACCAAAACUGUACUGUGGGGCUCUGGUGAAAGGUAAUUGUAGCACUUGUAUGUUUCCAUGGAAUGAUUUGCUCUACUGUAUCAUGAACUUGGAAGUAAAUGCUGUGUCCACAGAGUGCUUAUGCCUCCUUACCCUGCAGUCCCACACAGGACCAGCUUGUGAAAGUGCUUUACAGUUAGGACGGCUGAGCCAGUCUACUCUGGUGAUCCAGGGGCUGCAGAUGUCCAGCAGAUAUGGUAGAGGCCUGGAGCUGUGGGAGGUCCUAGCUGGUGGCCUCCAGCCUGGAGCUUUCUUAGUUGCCUAGUGGAUGGGACACAUAGCACUAAACAGCUCUUUUGCAUGCCGUGUUCUGACUGGGAAAAUAUAGAUUUUAAAUACUACUGUGCUCUGUGUCAAAGCCCAGCUGAAGUUUUUCUUGGGGUUUUGUAAAUUUCCCUCUCAUUUCCUUCAACUUUUUAUUUUCUUCUCUGAUUUCUUAAGCCCGUUUCCUAAGACGCAAGCAAAUCCCUUUGCAAAGAGGAAUACCUUUUCAUUAUAAAAUUUGAGCAUUAUCUUCACACACUAAAUGACCGCUAAAGCAGCAGCGUCACAGAUGCUGAGACCAUGCAGAUGGGCACCGGGGCUCCCUGAGGGCUCUGGUUGAAAAUCUAGCGGGAGACUAAUGCAGCCCCUGCCACCAUGGCCCCUACAUGGCUCUCUGUGCACAUCUUCUCUCAAACUCCACUCGUCCCUCUUGCUGCUAGGGACCUUUGUAGCCAAGUCUUUUCCUUCAUUCAGGGAAUCUCUCGCUUUUCUCCAUGAGCUUGUUCCCAGUGCCUAGAACGUGUCUGGGCCUUGGCAGGCUCUCUUGGCAUCUGGGUGGGUCAUUUCUCUCUUCGCUAUGUUUGCCUGCUGCCAUCCUUGCCAUGCAUGGGCACACACACACACACACACACACACACACACACACACACACACACACACCCCAGUGUCUAGUUUUCCUUUGUGGUGUGUGUUCUCGGACACACUCCGUGCUCUGGAGGCCAGCUCUCCUGUCUUCCACCACAGCAGGUGCUCAUCUGACCCUCAGUGUUCGUCGCUCCCUCCUUUGUGCCCAGGACAGCACUAGAUAAUCGCAGCAGAUGUGCUUUCCCCAAGCCGGAAGUUUUAGUGGGAGCCCUGGAGGUUGGUGAGAGCGAAGCUCAGAGGAGAGGAAGCCAGAGUGCCUGGAAAUGCAAGGUG